UAAAAGGGGUUGCCGUUCGGGUCUGGAGCAUCAGUAUUCGUGCGUUACUCAAAGUGUUUUGAUCUCGAAGUGAUUCAAUAGAAAAGGAAGUUUUCAUCAGAGGAAAGUAAAAUGGCCCGUACAAAACAAACCGCUCGUAAAUCUACCGGAGGAAAGGCUCCGCGUAAACAGCUGGCCACCAAGGCCGCCCGUAAAAGUGCCCCAUCUACCGGUGGAGUCAAGAAGCCCCAUCGUUACCGGCCGGGAACAGUGGCCCUGCGAGAAAUCCGUCGCUACCAGAAGUCCACCGAGUUGCUCAUCCGCAAGCUGCCGUUCCAGCGUUUGGUCCGUGAAAUUGCGCAGGACUUCAAGACGGAUCUGCGCUUCCAAAGUGCUGCCGUGGCCGCCCUGCAGGAAGCCAGUGAGGCCUAUCUGGUGGGAUUGUUCGAGGAUACCAAUCUGUGUGCGAUCCACGCCAAGCGCGUCACCAUCAUGCCCAAGGACAUCCAGCUGGCCAGACGCAUCCGUGGAGAGCGUGCCUAAGGAGGAUGCAUAAGUUCCGGGAGAAGUGCGGAGGAUUGAAGUUGUGUUUUACCAUAUAUGUACAGUUGAACGGAAUCAAGUUGCAAACCAAAUCGGUUUUUCUCAGGACCAGCCAUUUGAGAUCACGAAAGGACUUCAAUUUCGCAAAUUUCAAUUUGGAAGAGAAGCGUCCCUUUUUGGAGGGCUGAAAAGAAAAACGGUUAGGCGCGUCCCCCAUUUUACAUUACAUUACAAAUUAGAAAUAUAAGUGUAUGUGUGUGCGUGUGUGAAAAGGUGUAGAAAAGAAACUGCAAAUGCAACGACGGCACAAAUAGAGCGUCGCGUUGGUUUCGGUAGUGCUCUUAACCGAUGAUGUACGAGGACCAGAGAGUACGGGUACAUAAUAUAAACAAAAAGUGACUAGAAA